UCGGCCGUCCAUUCAAGAAGUUUCUCCCUCUACUCUCACAACGCAACUCCCAUGGACGCACUUCCCGCAGAAUUGUGGUGCGCUAUCUUCGAGUUCGCAUGCACGGACGAUGGUAGCACGGGCGCGUCCCUUGCGCUAGUGUCCUCGUACGUUCAGCUGCUCUCACAGCAAUACCGUCUACAGUCCAUCGCCAUACGCGGCCGUACCCAGCUUGCGCGACUCGCCCGCAAGCUAGAAACUCUCCCGCUCUCACACCGUCCCCGGAGUCUGUUCAUGACGCUCUCCGACGCGGAGCUCGGAUAUGUCGCACCCUUAGAUGCGCACCGCGUUCUCGAGCUCGUCGCGCCCCGAAUCCAGGCGCUACAUCUGCAUCUGCUCCGCGUCACGCGCAUCAGCCUGCCGGCAUGUCCCAGGCUUGCUGAACUCACGAUCGACGGCCCUCUCGUCGAGGCCAAUCGCGAGCUCCCGGCCCUGCGAAUACUGCGCAUAUCGCCCACUGCGCAGCGCGCGACCGCCGUUCUCCGCGACCUACGGCGGGUAGGCCCCGGCUUACAGGAAAUUUAUAUUCCUCUGCGUGUAUUGACGCCCCACGAAGUCAUGAGUGCUCUCGGCAUAGCACCACGGAAUGCGGACGGGAUCCCACGACGCCUUCCAACCGAAGCUCUCCUGCCCGCGUCCCUGGAGCUUCUCUGUCUCGAAGAAGAUAGGCUCUCAACGGACGCUUCCGAUGCACAUUGUCCGCGGCAGCAACAGCUCUCGCGCAAAUUUUGGGAACUUGCAGCGAAGGAAACGCGCUUACGAGUGGCUCCGCGCGUCUUGGAUGAUGGGUGUGGAACUGUCGGACGUUGGCAGAGCAAGGGGCUAUGAUGGAGCGAGGGCGCUGUAUCUCCAGUUUCGUUGGGCGCAGCGCUCGGUGGGUAGUGUGGUACGCGUGGAUGAUACCGGCCAUGAUGAACCAUCAGCUCGACUCAAUUGACGACCGUGUAGCCUUUGAUACGGCCUGUGUCGCCGCAAACCAUUUUCCAUUCAUAGUCACCCAAGACUUUGUACGCCCGUUGUCUCUUCAGAGGCGCGAAGCACAUGCGAGUACACUCUGAGAUCAAUCAUGUCAGCGACUAACCG